CCAAGGGGUCCGAGUGUAGACACGAAGUCGCAGGAUUGUGAGGACUGCUUUAGUCCACUGAAGCUCUAUUCACAUGUUCAGCCACAGUCAGGUGUUACACUCUGAGGAAGAGAUAUGAAGGACUCGCAGCUCACAGCCGUCAAAAUGCGUCUAUGGCCGAAAGAGAAAACGAGCAAAAAAUCCAAAGAUGACUCUCCGAAGACGCAAAAACCAGCCAAGCCCCUGGCUUCUGCUGCCACGUGUGCCACCCCGCAGCUGACUGACGCAGAGAGGAGAGCGCAGUCUCCGUUUGAGAGGAUCGUCUAUGACAUGACCCACAACGAGAAGAUCGUCAAUGACCUCGUGCUCGGUCGAAGGAUCGGCUUUUACGAGCUGCGUGGAGAAAUCGGGCAAGGCAACUUCUCUACAGUCAGGCUGGGCAUCCAUGCCUUGACGAAAGAGAGAGUAGCUGUUAAAAUCAUGGACAAGCUGCAUCUGGAUAAGAAGAAACAGCCUCUGACUUCCUCAGAGAUCAGCUGCAUGGAGAAGCUGUGCCACCCCAACAUAGUGCGCCUUUAUGAGGUGAUGGAGACGAGCCGGAAGCUGUAUCUGGUCAUGGAGUACGGCAGCGGUGGAGACUUGUUCUCUCGAAUCACCACGAGGGGGAAGCUUAACGACCUGGAAGCCAAGCUGGUCUUCGCACAAAUCAUCUCUGCUGUUAAGCACAUGCACGACUGCAACAUCAUCCACCGAGACCUGAAACCGGAGAAUAUCUUCUACACCACCAGCUUUUGCAUCAAAGUUGGGGAUUUUGGCUUCAGCACAGAGAGCAGCCCUGCUGAGCUUCUCACCACCUUCUGUGGCUCUCCGCCCUACGCUGCUCCUGAACUUUUUAAGGAAAAGGGAUACUCUGGACGUUACUCAGACAUUUGGGCUUUAGGUAUUCUCUUGUACUUCAUGACAACAGCAACUUUACCCUUUUAUGGGGAAAAUCUGGGCAGGCUGAAGCGCUGCAUCCUCCAGGGGGCUUACCGUAUCCCCUCUUAUGUGCCAGAUCCGUGCCAGCUGGUCAUCAAAGGCAUGCUGCGGAUUGUGCCUGUUGAUCGCUCCUCUUUAACGCAGAUUUCAGACAGUGCUUGGCUGAAGGGGAUUGAGUUCCCUCGUCCCUAUACGCCGUUGCCACUGUCUCCUGCUCACUUUGCACAGACAAAUCAGACUCUGUGCGUGGAAGAGCAAGAGGUAAAGAGUUUGCUGUCGGAUCUCGGGGUCGUGGCGCUUCAUUUCCAGAAUAACCCCUGCUUGGACUGCAGGAAUCCACUGACAGGGGCCUAUCGGAUCCUCCUCCAUCGAGUCCAGAAGAGGAGGUUGGUCGAGGCUGUGGGUUACUCUGUGCUCCAACCAGAUGAGUACGAGAGUCCGAGCAAGUGGUCUGCAGCAUCAGUUGACAAACAUAAUCCUUCCACUGUAUGUGCAAUACUAUAACGACAAAGAGCUGCACCGGACUCCUUCAUUUGUGGCACCAAAGCGACUUUAUCACAUGUGUGCGCUCUCAUGCAGUCCAGGUAUUAUGUUACACACAGACUGAAGUGGCAGUGGAUGUGGACGUCAGAGUGGACGGUUGUUUUCCACAUUGUAAAUCAAUUACAGCUCAUAGACCAGGACAUGCCUGUGAUUACAUCACCAACGGCAAGAUUACUGACGCAAAACACCUAUCAAUCACUGAAUGGGUAUCAGCAUCUUCCAAUCCUUCUUAGUCAGGACAUAAAUCUGACCUAAUCCAGGUAAGCCUAAUGAGACAGCCACAAGGGAACAUGCUUGGCCCAACAGAAAGUAAAAAAGAAAAUGUGUAUCAGGAGGAAAUAUAAGAAAAAGAGAGAAAACAAAAAAUAAAUUGUAAAAUUAGCCUACCGCAUUUGCAUUACAGCAAAUGCCUCAAAUGCCUUCAUUGGGUAUGCAUGUGACGUAAAAGUGAUUAUAAAUGCAGUUCACGUUGUUCACUAAGGAGGAGAGUCAAGCGCACAAUGAAUGUUGAGAGUUUACCUUGGUGUUAUUAUAUCUAUUUUUUUCAUAUCUUUGUAAAUUAUUCUCAUGUUUGCUCACAUUUUAAAGCAAUGUUUUCAUAAAUCCUCCAGGGAUGCUGCCCUGAGCUUCAAGCCACGCUGUAUCAGUAAUUCUAGCAAAGAUUAAGGCCAGAUUCAUUAAACAGAAUAAAGUUAUUUUCAAACAGUAAUUUAAAACUGUUUCCCCU